AUGGCAGAGAUUAGGAUAAGGGCGGUAGAAGCUGAGGACGGCGACAAUGGUUUCUUCAAGAUUUUAUCUCAGUUGACGCAUGCGCCCGUCGUCCCCCGAGCAAAGUUUGCCGAGCUUGUUAGGAAGGAGCGAGCCGACGGAUCACGCACGACCAUCGUGGCAGUCACCGCGGAGGGGUCUGUGGUGGCGACUGGGGCUGUAAUGAUGGAGCACAAGUACAUCCGAGGCGGCGGCAUCUGCGGACAUAUUGAGGACAUUGUCGUGGAUUCUGAGUUUCGGAAGGCGCAGCUAGGGAAGAAGAUCAUCUCCAAACUGGUCGAAAUUUCGAGAGAGAAGGGUUGCUACAAAGUGAUUUUAGAUUGCGCCGAAGACAAUGCCCCGUUCUACGAGAAGUGCGGCUUCGAAAAAAAGGAGUGCCAGAUGGCCCUCUAUUUUUGAUAGUGCUCCCAACAAGCUUAGCUCUUGGUAUGCGCACUUUCCCCUUCCUUCACGUCUCUCCACUCUACUUCGCCACCCUCUAGAGACAGCCUAGUCGUAAAUCCAGUCAUAAAUCUGCUCA